UCAUGUCCACACUCCUACCUGCUGUCAUAGGCCACAGCCACCAUGCCUCGGGGUCAGAAGAGUAAGCUCCGUGCCCGUGAGAAACGCCGAGAGACCCAUGGUCCGCCGCAAGGUCUCACAGGUCCCCAGGUCACUGCAGAGAAGCAAGAAGAGUCUCGCUCUUCCUCAUCCUCUUCUGCUGUUUGUCGGAGUGCUCGUCGUAGGUCUUCUGAUUCCUCCGUUCCUCAGGAGUCUCAGGGAGCUUCACCCACUGGCUCUCCUGAUACAGGUGUUUCAUGCUCAAAAUCUGAUGUGGCUGCCAAGGGUCAAGAUGAGAAAAGUCCAAGUACCUCCCGGGAUGCCUCCGUUUCUCGGGAGUCUCAGGGAGCUUCACCCACUGACUCUCCUGAUGCAGGUGCUUCAUGCUCAAAAUCUGAUGUGGCUGCCAAGGGUCAAGAUGAGAAAAGUCCAAGUACCUCCCGGGAUGCCUCCGUUUCUCAAGAGUUUCAGGGAGCUUCACCCACUGGCUCUCCUGAUGCAGGUAUUUCAUGCUCAAAAUCUGAUGUGGCUGCCAAGGGUCAAGAUGAGAAAAUUCCAAGCACCUCCCCUGAUACCUCCCUUCCUCAGGAGUCUCAGGGAGCUUCACCCACUGGCUCUCCUGAUGCAGGUGUUUCAUGCUCAAAAUCUGAUAUGGCUGCCAAGGGUCAAGAUGAGAAAAGUCCAAGCACCUCCCCUGAUGCCUCCGUUCCUCAGGAGUCUCAGGGAGCUUCACCCACUGGCUCGCCUGAUGCAGAUGUUUCAGGCUCAAAAUCUGAUGUGGCUGCCAAGGGUCAAGAAGGGGAAAGUAUAAGCCCCUCCGAGAGAACUGUGUUCUUUACAACCGCAGACCGAGAUCCUCUAAACAGGAAAGCGAGCAAGAUGGUGCAAUUCCUGCAGGAGAAGUUUGAGAAGAAAGAGUCCAUUUUGAAGGCAGACAUGCUGAGGCGUGUCCGCAGACAGUACAAGCCUUGCUUCCCUGAGAUCCUCAAGAGAACCUCCGAACGUUUGGCGGUGGUCUUUGGCGUUGAAUUGAAAGAAAUGGAUUCCAGCGGCGAGUCCUAUACCCUUGUGAGCAAGCUGGGCCUCUCCAGUGAAGGAAGUCUGAGUGGUGAUAAUGCGCUGCCGAAGUCGGGUCUCCUGAUGUCGCUCCUGGGUUUGAUCUUCAUGAAAGGCAACCGUGCCACUGAAGAGGAGGUCUGGGAGUUCCUGGGUGUGUUGGGGAUAUAUGAUGGGAUCCUGCACUCAAUCUAUGGGGAUACCCGGAAGAUCAUUACUGAAGAUUUGGUGCAAGAUAAGUACGUGGUUUACCGGCAGGUGCGCAACAGUGAUCCUCCACGCUAUGAGUUCCUGUGGGGUCCACGAGCCCAUGCUGAAACCACCAAGAUGAAAGUCCUGCGUGUUUUGGCUGAGAUCAAUAACACCAGUCCCGGUUUAUACCCACAUCUGUAUGAAGACGCUUUGAUAGAUGAGGUAGAGAGAGCAUUGAGAUUGAGAGCUUAAGGCAGAACUGGCACUAUUCCCUUGGCCAGGGCACCUUAUGGGGCCACAUCCUACAGAUCCUCCCAUUCUGAAUUAGAAAUUUUGCUUUAUGUUAGAAGAGAGUAGUGAGCUUUCUAGGUAGUGCAGUAUAGUAGAGGCUGGAGGGAACA